AUGGCCGACAGAGCUCGAUCAAGAUCACGCUCGCCUCGGCGCGAUCGAGACAGAGACAGAGACAGACCACGGAAACAAGGCGGUUUCAGAUGGAAAGACAAGAGCCGCAGAGACGACCGCGACGACGGUAACGAACGAAGAGGCCUCGAGCGAGGCUACCGCAACCGGUCCCGCUCCCCCCGUCGCGACCGCGAUCGCGACUCGGACAGAGAUCGCCGCAAUGACCGCCGCGGCGGCGGCGACGACAACUACAGACCCCGCGACUCGGGCAGAGAUAGAGACAGAGACAGAGACAACAAACCCACCGCCAGCGCCUCAAGCUCGAAGGAUGCGCCGACGAAGCCCAAGAAGGAAAAGUCUGCACCCGCGCCGGCUGCGGGCGGCGGCGAGGAGAUGAUUAUCGUGCACGUCAACGACCGCCUCGGUACCAAGGCCGCGAUCCCCUGUCUGGCCUCGGACCCGGUCAAGAUGUUCAAGAUUAUGGUGGCGCAACGGGUCGGACGGGAGCCGCACGAGAUCUUGCUGAAGCGCCAGGGCGAGCGGCCGUUCAAGGACAAUCUUACGCUGGAGGAUUAUGGUGUCAGCAACGGUGUGCAGCUGGAUCUUGAGGUUGAUACUGGUGAUUAA